AGAGUCAAAUCAGGACAAAGAUUAUAGGUUAGAAGAUCUUAUCAGUGCAGGUUUAUAGACCAAUAACAGUCUGAGAUAUACUGAAUACUCAUCGUGAAUCCAUCACUGCUUUGAGAGCUGCACGAGGAAACAACCAGGACCUUUAUCAGGACCCAACUGAGCUGUUUAUUCAACACUGAUGACAAACAGAGGUACAGUGAGCCCGACCUGAAGAAAACCAGGCCAGGAUAAGCAAACAGACUUCUAUGGACGAUGUCUAACAGAGUCGUCCACAAGAGGAGGGCGACCAUCACAGAUCUGCCUCUCUACUACUCCGGACACCUGAGGAAGAAACUCACCAAAGAGAAGGAUUUCAAGAAAUACUACGGAGAGCUCCGAGGAGCCACUCUGUUUCUGUACAAAGAUGACACUCAGGAUACAUACACAGAGAAGCUGGACCUGGGGCAGCUGAAGUCCAUGCAGUUACAUUCUCCGUAUCAGAAUAAGACCCCAACCAUCUUCACACUCACGCUGCAGACAGAGGACGUGCAACUACAGAUGGACAACUCUGACACAGGAGAGGAGUGGAGAGGCUACAUCCUGACUGUGGUUAAAAAAGAGAUUCCCAGUAAACUGCAGCUGCUGCCUGGCCAGAUGUUGCAGCUGCAGGAUGCUCUGGAUCAGGAGAGGCGAAGGAAUCCCACCACGCAGCGGCCAGAACUUCCCCCCCGCCCACUCUUCCUCCGCACACCCUCCCCCUUCCAAUCCCCCCCGGCAUCUGCCUCCCCCUCCCCCUCCACCUCUGUCCCCCCCUCUGCUUCCCCCUCCUCCACACCGCCCAAAGACAAGACUGACAACAGCCCUGAGAUUCCUGCGUGUUUUUUCCAUGUGUCUCGAAAAGAGGCUGAGCACAUGUUGAAGGUGAACCCCGAGUGUGGAAGCAUCAUCCUCCGCCCGUCCACCCUGGCCAACAACUACGCCCUGACCCUCAGACAACAGACGCCCAGUGGACCCAUCCUGAAGAACUUCAGAGUGACCUCCACAAACGUGGGGUUUGUCAUUGAACUGGACACAGCAGUGACAGUCUCCUCCUUGAAUGAGGUUCUGAAAUACUUCCUUGAAAAGACAGAGUACCGGCUUCACCCCUUCAUGGCAUCUCAGCCCUACGACACUCUCAUCGACAUGUCUCCUGUCCCAAAGUGUGUCAGCAUCUCCUCAGCUAUACUUAAAACAGUACCCAAAGCACAAGUGGCCCCUAUGCUGCGUUCAGAGACCAAAGAAGAACUUCCGCCACCUCCAACAAACCAAGACGGGGGAGAUUACGUGAUGCCAGAUGAUCAUGAUCCCAACCUAAAGUCAGUUCAGAUGGGUAGAGAGCUGGAGGCGGUUUUAAAGUUACGGAGAGAAAACCUGUACACUGAGACUGAGGAAGUCAACACGUUCGAGAAUCAGAGCAGUGAGAAACCUCCGUCAGCCACUGUGCAGUGGAGCGGAAACAGUUCAACCUCCUGAGGAAUGUAGUCCGCUCGGCUCAUAAACCUCAUAAAAUGCUCAUUUAAUGUUUAACCUGUAACGUCAGCUGGGAGAAUGCACGCUCCUGCCACCUUUAGUCACUUUCAGAAAUUGUACCAUACAAAAUAAAAAAUUACAGAAGUUCUCAAUCUCUUAACGCACGGGUCUCAAACUCAAAUGUUGGCACUAAACACGCAAGUACAACAUUGGCCGAUGGGAAUUACAUUAGUUUUGCUUUGGUCAUAAGUAAAAGUGGUAAUAGUAGUUUCUAAAACAUGUGAUUGCGCUAUAUAGAAACAGGGAAACAACAUUAUUACAACUUGUGCUUUGGAGUAGAUGAACAUACCAAAUGUUUUAUAGAUAGAUACUUUUUUAUCAUCUCUCCAGUA